AAAGUGUAGGGGAGCUAAGUGUAAAACAUCCUUAUCCUCCCCCUUCACUUUCAAACACAAGAGUAUGUGGUGGUAGUUGCAUCCAGUUAAACAUGGUGCCCAAAUUCUGCACCCAAACAUCAUGGAGGCCUGCACUUCAUCUUCAACACACCCACAAUUUCACCAGGUGUUAUGCAGUAGCUUCAUUGUUGGGUGGUUUGAAGUCUUCAUCAUGGUGUUGCUUUAGCCGUAGAUUAUACUAUAAACAUAUUCAUAUUGGAGGGAUAGAGGUUCAUGGAGAAAGAAGAAGAGAGCUGGUUCGCCUGAAAAGUCAACCGGAUGAAGCUGUUGCACAUGAAGAUGAUAUCUCUAAUGCAACGUUGGUAUGGCGGGCGAUCAAAUUGCCAAUCUAUUCUGUUGCAUUGGUUCCAUUGACUGUAGGAACAGCAGCAGCUUAUCUACAAACAGGGUUGUGUUCAGCCAAGCAAUAUGUUCUACUUUUGUCUUCGUCGGUUCUUAUAAUCACUUGGCUCAAUUUAAGCAACGACGUUUAUGAUUUUGAUACAGGAGCAGAUAUAAACAAAAAAGAAUCUGUGGUUAACAUGAUCGGCAGUCGGUCAAGGACCCUUAUGGCUGCAUUAUUAUUCCUUGGUGUCGGGUCUAUGGGGCUUGUUUGGGCAUCCAUGGAAGCUGGAAAUGUGAGGUCAAUGUUGCUACUGGCUUCUGCGAUCACUUGUGGAUACAUAUAUCAGUGUCCGCCUUUCCGGUUGAGUUACCGAGGUCUUGGAGAACCGUUGUGCUUUGCGGCUUUCGGUCCUUUUGCAACCACAGCAUUUUACCUGUUGCAGGGCGGUAGCACAAGGGUGGAGACGCUACCAAUAACCGGCACUAUUCUAGCGGCUUCUGUCCUAGUAGGCAUUACAACAUCACUCAUUCUUUUUUGUAGCCAUUUUCACCAGAUUCCAGGUGAUAAAGCAGUAGGAAAACUCUCUCCACUGGUGCGGAUCGGCACAGAAACAGGUUCAAAUGUGGUCAAAAUGUCAGUGAUUUCCCUCUAUUCACUUCUGUUUCUUCUUGGCAUUUGUAAAGCUCUUCCAAUCACUUCCACCUUUUUGUGUGCACUUACACUACCCAUGGGCAAGCUCGUGGUCAGCUUCGUUUCAGAUAACCACCAGGAUAAAACUAAGAUAUUUAUGGCGAAAUAUUUUUGUGUUCGAUUACAUGCGUUAUUUGGAGCUGCAUUGGCUGCUGGGAUGGUAGCAACCAGGCUUAUAACAAGAACCGGUUUACCAAGACCAAUUUUGACAUGAUUACCAUAUCGAUAUCAGGAUCCUAAACUCCUUUUAUGAGUUUGUAUCAAAAACAUGAAUAAUUGUAAAACAAUUUUUAGUGAUUACAAUAAACCCAUGUACAUGUUAUAGA